GCGAGGACGCGAGCUUUAACAAUUGAGAUUCUCCCCCAGACACGCAAGUAAAACUGCAACAUCCGAACGGUGUGGACGUUAAUGGUGUAUUCAUUGUUACAUGAGUUUAAAUAGCUUACUAACGACGUUUUUUAUAACUAUUAUAACUCAUUCAUCAUUGAUUAUAAAACAAGAUUUUCUCAAAAGACCACCCCACAUGAGGCACUGACUCCAAGUUUGGGAACCACAGUACUAACCUCUGAGUGCUUCCUCUGCGUUCUCCUGCAGGCGUGCCUCAGCCUCACCACACCACGAUCUCUCGAUGUUUGGCUUCCACAAGCCCAAGAUGUACCGGAGCCUAGACGGUUGCUGUAUCUGUCGGGCCAAGUCCUCCAGCUCCCGCUUCACCGACAGCAAGCGCUACGAGAGGGACUUUCCCAGCUGCUUCGGGCUAAGUGAGGUGCGUUUUGGGGAGAUCUGUAAUGCCUGUGUUCUCCUGGUGAAAAGGUGGAAGAAACUCCCAGCCGGAUCCAUAAAGAACUGGAAUCAUGUUGUUGACGCUAAAGGUUCAGGGUCAAGCUGGAAGACCAUGAGGUCCAAGAAGAUGAAGAGAGCCAGGCCAAGCCAGAUCAGCCGAGUGCAGAAGGAGCUCAAGCGACACAACUCUGACGCCCACAGCACCACCUCCAGUGCCUCCCCCGCCCAUUCUCCCAGCUACAGCAACCAAUCAGACGAGGGCUCGGACGUGGAACUCUCACCAGGUGCCACCCACUCGCCAGUCUUCUCUUUCCUGGACCUCACCUACUGGAAAAGGCAGAAAGUGUGCUGUGGCAUUAUCUACAAGGGACGCUUCGGAGAGGUACUCUUAGACCCCCACCUCUACAAGCCCUGCUGCCAGAAGAAACAGCAGCACCAGCCAAAAGAGGAAGGAGAGGAGGAAGCACAGGCGAGCAGAGCGAAUGUGAUGCGCCACGCCCUACCGAACAGCUCCCCGCCCCCCCGGGUUAAAGAAGAUUAGGGGAGGGGAAGGAAGAGUGGGGAUUUGAUGUCGUAAUGACACUGUACAGAAGUCUGAUGGAGACCGUUGGGAUUUUAUGGCGUCCUGGAGCGCUCUCAAGACAGUCUACUGGGAUUGCUUUCUAUUCCGGAGCAGCUGGACUACUUAUCAAAUGUUGUGUUCUGUACUAGGAUGCAGUGAGGUUUGUUCUAUUAUAUCUGUUAACAAAUAUCGAUUCUUUCUCUCUGAGUGCUAUGAGAUUGUGAAUAUUCACAAUUUGGUUUCAAUAUGAAAUUUUGGAUUCACAAAAGCUGUAUGAGAAAUGGCGACCUCUGGAACUGCACCUUUUGUAGUAGGAUAGAGCCAUAUCCAUUAGGAUAGAGAACAGCCAUCCACACUCUGCCUUCUCCUGUCCUGUACCUCACACAUAUGUGCAUGCAAACACACACAUCGGCCCUGGUCACUUUCUGAAAGGAAGUAUUCUCUUUUUUUUUUAAUUUAAAUUUCCCUUACUCCACAUGGUCACUGAUCGGACACCUAUUAUUGUUAGGGUAAAGCUGUAGAAAAUGUAAUUUGAUAAAUUAUGUCAGGGGUGUGAAAAGUGGGAAGAAAUGAUGCAAUUUUUAAGAAUUUGUCCAGAGCCUUAUUAUUUGGUAAAGGGACACGUGUACACAACCAAUGUCGUCAUAUCCACCUUUGAUUGUGCACCAGGUGUACUCUUUUGAGAUAUUGACACUAUACUCUUUCCAGUGCACGUUUUAAUAUGGAAGGCCAGUGAUCUUGUUCAGUGUUUGGAUGUACGUACAAAGCACAUUCAAACGUUUUAAGGGAGCAUGUAGUGUGCCCUCUAAGCAGUGAUCUUGAUGCAAGCGCUCUCGAUCGCCAGUCCUCACCUGAACCAAUAUAAGCUAAAACCCACAAACUGACCUUGGCGCAGCACUUUUUGAGCACUUCCUAUCUCAGUCUACGGACAGUUUAAUUUAGUUUCCUAGCCUCUUAGAGCAUAUCUGAAGGUGAUGGUAUAGUGGGCACUUAUUUAUUCCUUUCAAAUCUGUGAACACAAACAGGGUUCUGGGAAGGGGCUAAGUGGAACUAGGCCUAUGAUGUCAAAAGACUAGCUGAGUGGGCCAACCAAAAAGAUUCCCUGGUUUUCUCCUAUUGAGAGAUUUGAUGCCUUGUAAUUGUACUUUAGGUUUGAGGCCUUCCAAGAACUGUUCCAUGUCCUGCGGGACUCUGUUGUACAAAUCCAUCUACAUCUUUUGCAAAUAACACUAUUUUUUGUCUGUCACUUUGCCUCUGUUUGGGACAAAAUACUGUACAGUUCUGAAUAUAUUUUUGAAUAUAAAUGGACAAGACUACAACGUAGUGAAUAGGCCACCAACAUUUAGUUCUUAGUGUUUGUCCCAAAACUGUCAUGGCUAUUGAGGCUGGUUCUAUACAAUUGUCAAUUUAAUCUAAACACAUCCCUCAUGUAGGCUACUUCUGUCUUCACUUUUAUUUCAAGAAAUGUGUUUUCUUGUUCUGUACCUCCAUGUUCAUAUAAUUUAAAUGUUCUUCAAACCACGGUAAGAUUUUUUUUUUAACUGACACAUUCUGUAUUUACGUUGCAUACCGGGGGUAUUGCAGAGCUCUGUCAAUGCAUGCGUGCAGCCUAAUUGUGGACAUUCAGUCAAUGUAUUUGUUAUAUUAGUAUCUAGAUGUGCAAGCUCACAUGCCAAAUGAAUGCAAACUCAUUAUUCCGUAAGCUAUCAUGUUCAAUAUACAGUAUUUUAUCCUCUGCAUAUGGUUAAUAUUAGCACUGAGUGUACAAAACACUUCCUAUUUCCAUGACACAGACAGAAGGCUUCGAUCCCUUAUUGAUGGAAUCUGUUAAAUCCACUUCAAUCAGUGUAGUUGAAGGGGAGGAGACGGGUUAAAUAAGGAUUUUUAAGCCUUGAGACAAAUGAAACAUGGAUUGGGUAUGUGUACCAUUCAGGGAGUGAAUGGGUAAGGCAAAAUAUUUAAGUGCCUUUUGAACGGGAUACGUUAGUAGUAGGUGUGAGACGCACCGGUUUGAGUGUCAAGAACUGCAACGCUGCUGGGUUUUUCACGCCCAACCAACUUGACACAACAGUGCGAAGCAUUGGAGUCAGCAUGGGCUAGCAUCCCUGUGGAACGCUUUGGACUCCUUGUAGAGUCCAUGCCCUGACGAACUGAGGCUUUUCUGAGGGCAAAAGGAAGUGCAACUCAACAUUAGGAAGGCGUUCCUAAUGGUUUCUACACUCAGUGCAUGACAACAGCUAUUUCAACCAUGGUUUGAUGGUUUGAUCAAAGCUUUACUACGCAACGCUAUUUGUAAUGUAUUGAUGCAUAAAGGCAUCAAGUUUUUUUGAAUGUUCCUUUAAUCUUCAGGUUUGAUUGAAUGUUAGAGGAAGUGGUCAUUUCUCUUUGUUAAUUUAUUUGUACGUGUUUAUCAUUUUUUCGGUUAUUGUUGACUAAUUUUAUAACUUUCUCCUGUAACCUACCAUAACCUUUGUUCUAUUAAAGGCUUAUACUGUUGAAUUCACAUUAUGUGAAUGUUGCCAUAUACUGUGAUAUGGAUUGUAUCAAAACUAUACUAUUACUCAUAGAUUGGUUUAUGUAAACUAACUAGGUGUUAUUCUCCUGAGAUCUCCUAUACGGCGGUAGAAUGUGCUUGUUUUUGUCUGUGGUAGUGCUACUCGCCUGUGGUAGAUAUGCACUGUUAUUUAUCUGUCUUGGAAAGUCCUAAUUCUUUCUCAAAGCUAAUUUUGUAUUUUUUAUACACAAUUUAAACUUGUUCAUUAAAUGUAGUUUUGCUUUUGA